UGACCUUCUUUCCUCUCAGUGACCACUCCCCUCAGAGGCUGCCCUGCUCGCUCACAAACAGCCCGGGAGUUGCCCGCAUUCCUGUGACCAGCUGGAGAGGUGCUGCUCCUCGGGGGUCCCAGGUGCUCGACUCUGGCCAUGCUGGCGCUGCUCUGUGCCUAUCUGCUCCUGGUGGCCUGUGACUCGGCCGCCUCGACCGACCAGCUCCUGCAUCAGAUGAUCAUGGAGGAGCAGAUCCGCGACAUGCACACCAAGGUGACGGAGAUCUGGCAGGAGACUGUGACGCAGCGGCGGGCGGCGGCCAUCGACCCGGACGCCGCGCUCCAUGCCGUCUGCCGGGUGCAGCCGUCGGCCACGCUGGAGGCGGAGCAGCCCCAGGUCAGCGGCCUCGUGCUCUUCCGGCAGAUCCGGCCUGGCACCCUGCUGGAGGCCUUCUUCCACCUUGAGGGCUUCCAGGACGAGCCCAAUGGCACAAGCCACGCCAUCCACGUACACCAGUUUGGGGACCUGAGCCAGGGCUGCGACUCCACCGGGCCUCACUACAACCCGAUGUCCGUGCCACACCCGCAGCACCCGGGCGACUUUGGCAACUUCGCCGUGCGCAAUGGCCAGGUCUGGAAGCACCGCUACGACCUGGCUGCCUCGCUCACCGGCCCGCACUCGAUCGCGGGCCGCGCCGUGGUGGUCCAUGCGGGCGAGGACGACCUGGGCCGGGGCGGCAAUCAGGCCAGUCUGGAGAACGGUAACGCGGGCCGCCGGCUUGCCUGCUGCGUGGUGGGCCUGUGCGGCCCGGGGCCCUGGGCGCGCAAGGCGCAGGAGCACGCGGAGCGCAGGAAGCGGCGGCUCGAGAGCGAGUGUAAGGCCAGAGCGCGGCGCGAGAGCGAGCUUAAGGCCCUCUGAGCGCUCCACCCGACCACGCGCCGCAGGCCCCUUCUAUGCGCUCUGGGAGCCCCUCCACGCCCCGACUCCCCUCCAAGUGCCCCUAGACCGCUCCACGCCCGGACUUCUCUCCAGGCUCCCGAGAUCCCCUCUAUGUGCCUCCGCGCCCCCUCUCUACGUACCCUAGUAUCCCUGUGUGCUGUGGCGUCUCCCCCGGACCUUUCUACACCCUGACACUCCUCCAAGAGCCCAAGACGCUCUCCAUGUGACCGAGGACCCCUUCUACGCAUCCUGGGCAACCCUGGGACCCCUCAACAUCCUGACGCCUCUCCAAGGCCCACGAUCCCAUCCUUGAGACCCCAAGCCGCCUACCCCCUCACCUUGAUUUUGCUCCUUCCUCUUCCGGAGACACUCUGUACUCUGGAGUACCCCUUCUGCCAUGGCUAGGAUCUAACUGAAAAUCCCCUUCACUUCGAGGUCUUCAACCACGUAUAUUGAGACACCCCUUUCAUCCUGAGGGCACCCCGUGCUCUGAGGACGCCCCCCCCCCCAGAGAUACCGAAGUAAACCCCUGAACCCUGAGGGUCUUCCAGACUCUCUGAGGUCCCUUUCCACCUUGACACCCCCGCCUUCACCCUGUGAGCCCGGAGAUCCCUCUAUGCCCUAAGCACCCACCUCCCCCCACCUCCUAUGGGCUCCUUCUAGGCACUCUUGAGACCCCUCCAGAGUUUGCCUAACACUACUCCCCCACCUCUGCCCCCCAGCUUGUGCAGCCUGCACUUAGGUGCCUCUUCCAGGUGUCUCCAGGUAUUCACCCCCCACCCCAAUCCCUCAAGAGGGCAGCUCCUUUGGGGGUUGUUUGACAAUGUUUGCGUUGCACAUUAAAAACUCAGCAAAUCAGUA